AUGACUGCGCCCCCCAACCAACAGCGCAACCAACCGCCCAUCGAUCUACUCUGUGGCUGGCCGAACCCCGCGCUCCUCCCCGCCCCCAACCUGCUCCGCUCCGCCACGACCGUAUUCACCACCCCCUCCAUCGCCAACCCAGCCUUGGGAUACGGGCCCGAUGAAGGCUAUGAGCCUCUGCGCGCCCACGUGGCCCAAUGGCUGGGUGCCUUCUAUCAGCCUUGUGACCCAAUUUCGUCUGGGCGCAUUUGCAUCACUGGCGGGGCCAGCCAGAAUCUUGCAUGUGUCAUGGCCGUCUUCACUGACCCUGUGUACACGCGCGGAGUGUGGAUGGUCGAUCCGACCUACCAUCUGGCUGGCCGUAUCAUGGAUGAUGCAGGCUUUGCUGGACGGAUUCGAGGGGUCCCCGAGGAUGAAGAGGGGAUCGAUCUAGCGUUUCUGGCGAGCGGAUUACGUGCGGCUGAAGAGAAGGCUCAUGCGGAGGGCAACACCGAACCGAAAUUCAAACCACCCCGGCCCUGGCGCAAGAUCUACAAAUAUAUCAUAUAUGCCGUCCCUACAUUCGCCAACCCUUCCACCAAGAUCAUGUCUCUGGACCAUCGGGAACGAUUGGUCCGACUAGCUCGCCAGUACGAUGCGCUGCUGGUCACCGACGAUGUCUACGAUUUCCUCCAGUGGUCCGCGAUCCCUGGGGGUAAGCUGGCUGCCCCCGAACACGCGUGCCUCCCCCGCUUAGUGGACGUGGAUCGUUACCUAGACGGUGGCCCUGUCGACGAAUGGGGCCACGCAAUAAGCAAUGGCAGCUUCAGUAAAUUGCUCGGUCCUGGGGCCCGCACUGGAUGGGCUGAAGCAUCUGAAAAGGUGGCCUAUGGGUUAUCACAAGUAGGCUCCUCGCGUUCCGGCGGCGCCCCCUCUCAACUCUGUUCAACCAUCAUUGAUCAACUACUCCCCUCCGGCUUUCUAAACACCUACAUCCAACAAACACUGCAGCCUGCAUACGCAAAGCGGUAUCAUACUUUACUAGGAGCGAUCCAAGAGGACCUGGUCCCACUCGGGGUGAUGGUUGCUUCACCAUCCGAGACCAUUGCCGGUGGAUAUUUCAUCUGGAUCACUUUGCCACCGCCACUGCUGGCGGCAGAUAUAGUGCAGCGAGCACAGCAGGAGGAAAACCUGCGCUUAGCGCCUGGCACGUUAUUCGAGGCCGGGAGCCCACAGCCGCCAAGCGACCGGUUCGCUGGCUGCCUGCGCCUUUGCUUUGCGUGGGAAGAGCCGCGUCACCUGACCGAGGGGGUGCGUAGGCUCGCACGCGUCCUGAAACAUGCGCUUGUGUAG